AUGGCUGAUCAAACAUUAUUAGCAAAAGCUCGUAAAGCACGAUUUGAUGAUUUACCAAAUUUUUCUGGACAUCCUUCUGAGGAUGUCGAACGGUUUUUAAAAAGCAUCAAGAAUAUAACCAAGGCAACUGAUGAAUCAAAUAAUCAUGAAAUUUUAGAAAUUGUUCGUGGUAAAUUAAUUCAAUCUGCAGGAAUAUGGUUCGACAAUAAUGAAGCUAAUUUUAAACAAUGGUCAGAUUUUGAAACUGCAUUUCGAAAUCGAUAUUUUUCCUCAACAUCAACUCAUAAGAAAUUUGAUACAUUAAAACAACGUAAACAAUUACCGGAUGAACCGAUUACGUCUUUUUUCGACGACAUUAUUAAUUUAUGCCGGGAAAUUGAUUCAAAUAUGUCAGAAAAAAUUAUAAUUCAAUAUUUAAUGAGUGGAAUCAAUCCUGAUUUUAGGAAGGAAUUAUUAAGACGUGAAUCAUCUAUCAAUACAUUAAAUGAAUUUUUAAAAUAUGCAAAAAUUGAACAAGAUUUACAUGAUACAUUCGGUAGUCUAUCACUUGAUUCACAACAACGUCAUUUUAAUUAUAAUCACCCAUCAAUUCCACCAUUAACUGCUGCAGUUAAUCCACCAAAACAAUAUUAUCAUACAAUGAAGUACAACAAUCCUGUUUCACAUUCAACACAAUUACAGAGCUCCGUUUCUCAGCGGAACUCGAUUCCAACACUUGGAAAUUGGACAUCCAUGGCAUCUGAUAGAAAACAAAUUCGGAAUUAUCCACCACAAUCGAUAUCAAAGAAGAACCCAAGCAAUAGUCAACAAACAUCACAACAUCAAUUCAACAACUGUAAAGUUUGUGGUCGCAACAAUCAUCGGACAAUUGAUUGUUAUUAUAAACCUGGGUCACAUGAUGGCGGUGUUCCCAGUAAAUUUAUAAAGCCAUCGACAAUAACAUCAUUCCCUGUUUACAUCAAAAUUCGUGUUAAUGAUCAACCAACGGAAGCAAUUGUUGAUACAGGAUCCGCCAUCUCAAUUAUUCAUUUAAAUUUUCUCAAAACCAUUCAUCACCAAAAUUUUUUAUAUCAAACUCAUUUAUGUCAAACUGCAAAUUCAACACCUCUUAAUAUUAUCGGUCAAAUUAAAUUAGAAAUACAAAUUAAAUCUAUUAAAACUUACGUUACUGCUCACGUUGCUACAAAUUUAAUUACAUCAAUUCUUUUAGGUAAUGAUUGGAUAAAUUCGAAUCAUGUUCACCUUUAUGGUGACCAGAAACAAUUAACUAUUCCUGAUCAACAUGAUCAAUUAAUUUCAAUCCCGUAUGUGGAACCAACUUGCAUUAAUUAUCCAGCAUUAUUAGUGCAUGAAAUUACUCUUCCUCCAUAUUCACAAAAAUUGGUUGAUAUUACAUGUCAAAUUGCUAAUACUAAUAAUCUUAUAUUUGAACCAUACGAACGUCAUAUAUCAAAAUUCAUCUUCAUACCACAUACAUUAUUAAAUAUUAAUAAAAAUCACGCCAAAGUGUUACUUAUAAAUGCACACAAUCGACAACAAACAUUAUCAAAAAACACACGAAUCGGUACCCUUUCUCGUGACGCAACGUUCUCAAUAUAUGCAACAUCACAAGUUCCAACAAAACAUAAUUCUAUUUUAAAUGAACGUCAUCAAACAACAACUCGACAUUACAAUAGAUUGAAAUCCAGAGCUGUCUUACGUAAAAAGGACAACUCGAAUCACGAAAAAUUAAAUAUUAUUUGUCAUCAUUGCAAUGAACAUUUUUUAUCUGAAAAUCCAAAACAUCGAUUAGAAAUUCAAGAUAUUUUAUGGCGAAAUAAAAUAUUAUUUGAUCCUACACCAUCAAUUAUUAAUAUUCCUCCACAAUCAGCAAUUAAAACUGCUGAUCAUCCACCUAUCUAUUCAAAACAAUAUCCAGCAUCAUCUAAAGAUCAAGAAAUUAAAUUUCAAGAAACACAAAAAUUAUUAGAACGUGGUCAAAUUGAAGAAUCAACUUCACCAUGGUCAUCACCGAUUGUUCUUGUCAAGAAAAAAGACAAAACAAUGCGAUUUUGCAUUGAUUAUCGACGAUUAAAUGCUAUUACAAUUAAAGAUGCAUUUCCAUUACCUCGUAUUGAUGAAAUUUUUGAUCAAUUAUCUGAUGCAACAUAUUACACAAAAUUCGAUUUUAAAUCUGGUUACUUCCAGGUACCUCUAUCUAAAGAGGACCGUCCAAAAACUGCAUUCUCAACUCGUGACAAUCAUUAUCAAUUUACUGUACUUCCACAAGGAAUAACCAACGGACCAGCAACUUUUCAACGUGUAAUUAAUCAUAUAUUAGGACCCGCAAGAUGGAAAUAUGCGUUAGCUUAUAUUGAUGACGUAAUUAUAUAUUCAAAAACAUUUGAAGAACAUUUAUCACAUCUUAAUGAAAUAUGUACAAUAUUAAAAAAUGCUCGAUUUCCCCAUGUAAAACUGAAACGCAACCUAGACGCGUCUAAACGCGUUAGUGGGUGCGUUUCAACGCGUCUAUCGUCAAAAUCAGUAAUGGGCCGCAUCCAAACGCAUCACAUAGAUGCGUUGGAACGCAUUUGUAGUAAGAAUUGCGUUCAGACGCGUCUCAAACACGAACGUGAUUUGCUUUCUGUAUCUCCCGAGACGCGUUUUUCUGCGUUUGAACUAGAUAACGCGUUCAAACGCAUUGUGAAUCGGAACGCGGUUCGCUUGCUGUAUAUCUUUAAACGCGUUUUUGUGCGUUUCUAAUGAUAGAUGCGAUCAGACGCGUCCUAAAUACGAAUGCGGUAUAAUUUCUGUGUUGUACCAAACGCGUUUUCAUGCAGUUCUACAUGAUAAAUGCGUUCAAACGCAUCCUCGAUGUAAACGCGGUUUGUUAUUAUAUCGAUUUAAACGCGUUUUUGGGCGUUUGAGUUAAUAGCUGUGUUCACACCCGUUUUACAUGCGAAACGGUUUCCUUUCUGUAUUAUUUGAAACACGUUUUUUUUGUCCGUUCGAAAUUAUAUUCGCGUUCAAACGCGUUACAUAUGCGAUCAAUUUGAUUAAAACUUGCCUGGUCAUGUUCAUAUACAUAUUUCUGAUUAAUUGAUCAUUAAUAAUUCCGAGAUUCCAGUUGGAAAAUGUUCGAAUUAUGCAGAAACAAUCGUUAUUAUUAUGAAGGUAGCAGCUCCUUGUCGAUAAUAAUUUGAAAGAUUAUAUAUUGUUGAGAAAACCUUUGUUAGUUAAAUUUGCUUAAUAAGAAAAUUAUUUAUGUUUGAGGAAUAUGAUGAGAUUCGGCAAAAUGUACAGCUACAAAUAUAAGAAAAAAAUGUACUUCGAGAAGAGGAAAAAUAAUCAUAAAAUAUAAUUAAAUAAAAACUGACAUCCAUGUUUAUAGUUAUUUGACUUGUAGAAAUGAAUCGAUUUUGAUCUUGAUCUUUAGUGGAUAAAUCUAUACAAAAAAAAUGUAGCUAUCUUAUAGAUCCAAAUCAAGACAUAUUUAGUUUUUGAAGAUGGAUAUUUUGUCGUUUUCCUACGGAAAUUGUUGUAUGUCUUCGAAUAUUUUUCUUCAAUACCAUAUUGUCAUCGAAAGAAUCUUUUGAUAUAAUAUUAUUUGAAUCAUCUCCACUACUUGCUUCUUUUACUAAACAAGAAAAUAACCCAUUAGAUUUAUUCAAACAAAGAUAAUUUUCUUUAAACUUCUCAAAUCGUAAAUAUUUCCAUUUAAUAUUUUUCUUUUGUUUAACAACAUUAGUUGUUUGUUUUACGUUCGAAGCAACAGAAACAUUUCGAUUUAAACCAUUAUGUAUACGACUACGAUCAUAAAAUGAAAAAUGAUGUUUUGGAUGAUUUUUCUAAAAAUUAAAAAGGCAACUGCUCUUUUCCCAAUCCAUAUGAUAUGAUUUUUAGAAUUGUUUCGUUGCAUUAUCUAAAUUUACUUAAUCAACGAUCUAAAUAUUCAGUUGUAUUUAUCCCGUUAGAUGAAAAAAAAAUUAGAGCAAUUACUUAUUAUUUGUUCAUUAUUUUUCAUUAGGCUGUUAUCUUUUAAAUGCGUGAAUGGAUGAUAUGAAAGGAUGUGAUGUUUUAUAACGAUAAAAACCAGUAACGAAAGCAUUUACUAAGCAAUAAAAAACAAAUCUUUUUUAUUGAAAAGUCUUGAUUUAAUAGGUUUAGAACAUGAGAGAAGUUUCUAGAUUUAUCAGAAAAUAUCUUUAUCUGCACAUUCGGCAACAAAGGAUAUUUUC